ACGGCGCGAGUCAGCAUGCUGUCGGCGAGUCGCCGCGGGCCGGUCUGGCUCCAGCUGCGGCGCCUCUGGAGGCGGCCGGGGGUCGCGGUCUGUCCGUCCCUGCGCGGCCUCGGACGAGAGCCCUUCGAGAGAGCGCGGGCACUGUGUUGCGAGUCCUCGCCAAGAGACGCGCGAGGUGGACCGAGAGAGCACAAGGCGGCCCUGAAGAAAGCCCCCGGCGCAGAGUCGCUUCCGUCUCUCCCUCCGAGCGUCCGGAGCUUUGGGACCAGAUGUCUUUCGUCUCUGGAAAGCCUCAGAUUGCCGACGCCUGGAGAGGAGUCACCCCCUCGAGAGCGCGAGGACUCGAGUGGAGACCGGGCCCAGUCCGACCCCUCACACCGGGGAUCUGGGGCUCCCUCACGGCCCCGCCUGGUCGAAGAACUUCACGGCUCCUCUUCCUGGUCAGCUUCCAGAGAGGAGCCCUUCCGGGCUGGGGAGCUGAUUUUAGCUGAGACUGGGAAGAGAGAAACACAAUUUAAAAAAUUGUUUAGGUUGAGCAACGCCGGACGUUUAAAUAGUAGCUGGGGGGCAGUCCCGUUCAGCGAUAUCGUGGGCAAGUUCCCCGGCCAGGCACUAAGGAGCUCCUCUGGUAAGCUCUUUGUGCUGAGGAGGCCGGCGCUGGAAGACUAUGUAUUACUGAUGAAAAGAGGUUCUGCCAUAACAUACCCAAAGGAUAUAAAUAUGAUGCUGUUGAUGAUGAAUAUUCACCCAGGCGAUACUGUUUUGGAAGCUGGCUCCGGCUCUGGUGGAAUGAGCUUAUUUUUAUCCAGAGCAGUUGGAUCACAAGGACGAGUCAUAAGUUUUGAAGUACGAAAAGACCAUCAUGAACUGGCUAAGAAGAAUUACAAACACUGGCGUGAUUCAUGGAAAAUUAGUCAUGUAGAAGAGUGGCCAGACAAUGUGGAUUUUAUUCAUAAAGAUAUUUCAGAAGCAAGUGAAGACAUAAAAUCUUUAACAUUUGAUGCGGUAGCUUUGGAUAUGUUGAAUCCUCAAGUUGCUUUGCCUGUUUUAUACCCAAGUCUUAAACAGGGUGGUAUAUGUGCUGUAUAUCUAGCAAACAUCACACAGAUUAUUGAACUUUUAGAUGGAAUUCGCAUCUGUGAACUUGCUCUCUCAUGUGAAAAUAUAAGUGAAGUCAUUGUCAGAGAUUGGUUGGUUUGCCUUGCAAAACAGAAAAAUGGAAUUUUAGCUCAAAAAGUAGAACCUAAAAUCAACGUGCAUUUACAAUUACAUUCUCAAAAGAAAAUCAGAAUUGAAGGUGAGAUGUUUCAAGAGGACGACCAUGAAGAAUCACAUUCUGAUUUUCCAUAUGGAUCAUUUCCCUAUAUUGCUAGACCUAUACACUGGCAAAUUGGUCAUACAGCUUUUCUUGUCAAGUUGAGGAAGUUCAAACCACAACUUAACUGAGUACCUCAGAUGACAGCAACUGAUUUGAAGACAGAAAUGUAUCAAAAUAGAACUUUAUGUUGCAGAUCAUUACUUUCACAGAUUGGUAUUUUUAGCUAUUACUAUGAUUUGUGUAACUUUUACAUAUAUUUUUGAAAAAUAACAAAAGCUAAAGAAAGAUGUGUAACAUUUCAAAACUGCUUAAAUGUCCCAUUUUGACAUUCGUCUUGUAGUUAGUUUGACAUAUUGUAGUUAAUGAUUCCAAGUUGGUUUAGUAGAGCCAUCUCAUUCUUCACUGCCUGUAAACCACUCCAUAGAUUUGUCUGUCUUCAUGAAAUUAGUUUUCUUUUCUUUGUUUGAUUGAUGGUCAUUGGCUACUGAAAUAAAAUAUGCAUUUUAAGAUAAA